AUGUUGGGCAAGAAAAUUGGGUUUGUCAAGAAAUUGGCCAACAAGAUCAAUGUUGGCUGCAUCAGUGAUAGUUCUGCUCAGUCAUCUUGUUACGAGUGUUUGUCGAGUAGUGUUCAUGCUGACAACAAGCAACAACAUCGAUCACACACACGCACACGCACCCCAAGAGGAUGUAUUGCACUGUAUGUUGGAGAGGAGAGACUACGGUUUGUGGUCCACACGUCUCAUCUUUCGCACCCCCUCUUCCAGAUAUUAUUAGAGAAGACGGCCGAUGAAUUUGGGUUCGAACAGAAAGAUAGGCUGGUGGUCCCGUGUAGCGUCAAUGUGUUCUUAGAGGUUGUAAGUGCUGUGAAAUGCAACAGUGGAAAGUUUGAUUUAAAAUACUUGGUUGAAGAGAUCAAACAAGGGUAA